UUUCUCCUUCAUGAUUAGUGUUGAAUUGGCGAAACCGGGCCAAUCCAUAAUACAAUUGUUUAUCGAAAUGGCUUAAUACUAUAUUGGUGGAAUCAUAAUUAUGUAUUCCUGAUGGUAAACAUUUAUAAUCCAACCCGUUCAAAUUGAUAUCCUUUGACUUCUCCCAAACAAUCUUAUACCCUUGAGACAUAUCAAACUCCACCAAGAACAAGGCCACGAUCCGGGCCGGCUUGAAUCCCCUGUCCAUUAUAAGUAGUGGUGUAACUAUGGAGUAGUUAUUUAUUAGUUAUUUAUUAGUUAUUUAAUAGAUGAAGUGCACUUUUGAAAAAAAUACCUACAACACUUCCUCAUGGAUCCAAAGAUAAGACAAUUGUUUAAAACCUUGGUUUACAUGGGCAAAGACUACCCCGUUGACCUGGGAGGAUACCCCAAGUUCAUUGAAAUGGCCAAACGGGGGUUUCGUAAUACCAGGGUGGAAAAUGACCACGAUCUAACCCAAGCCUUAGCCAAAGGGAACUACAUCAUCAAAGGUAUGUUUUAACCAAACGAAAGCUUAACCCACUCACUAACUCAAUCCAGAAUUGGAAUCGCUAUACUUCUUAAAGAAAUACCGCUACUUGAAAAGAACCUAC